AGGAGGAGGAGGAUCUGUCCGUCAGCUGCUGCCUGCUAGACGGGCUUGGUGGUGCUACAGUUUUCUCUAUAGCAGCAGCAGAUCGAGAACCGAACCCGGCCAGUUCUCUCCGCUCCUCUGCGGAUAGCGAACGGUCCCGGAUAAAGAAACCACAACACCCGGCCGGUGUGGGAUCUUUCGUUUUCUAGCAUUCAAACGAACAGUUUUCGAUUGAAAAAAAAAAAAUUAAUAUAAUAAUUCGUUUCAAUUAUUUUUUAUCAACUGUUCGCCGCAAGUUAACGACCUCAACGUUAAUAACUACAAAGUGUGAACAGUUAAAACAAAAAAAAAAAACAUAGUGCUACUGGUGUGUGUUGUUAACUAUUAGAUUGAAAAUCAUCCAUCAUCCAUCCAGGGAUCACUGCUUCACUAUUGUUCCAGGAUCAUCAAAAACUCCGGCUGAAAAAGGAAAGACGAAAUUCUUCCUUUUUUUUCAAAUAAAAAUAAAACGGAGAAAAGCUUCUAAACGUCACAUCUCGGUCAGGACGUCGAGGAACAGCGACGUCAGCAAGAGGAAGCCAAAAAGAAACAAAAAGGAAGAAGCAUUAGCACGGUAGCCUGUGAAAAUGGAGCAGCUCGCAUCGCUUAUGUGCAAAGCGCUUUACCUCUUCGUCGUCGUCUUGGCUACUUUACCGCACCUGUCGCUGCAGGGGCCCUACGAGAAAAAAUUGCUUCAUCAUCUCCUUGACAAGUACAACGUCCUGGAACGACCCGUUUCCAACGAAUCGGAUCCCAUACAAAUCAGCUUUGGUAUCACGCUGAUGCAAAUCAUUGAUGUGGAUGAAAAGAACCAGCUGCUCAUUACAAACAUGUGGUUGAAAAUGGACUGGAACGAUUACAAUCUGAGGUGGAAUUCAUCCGAAUUUGGUGGCGUCAAGGACCUCCGGAUCCCGCCCACUCGUAUUUGGAAGCCCGACGUUCUGAUGUACAACAGUGCCGACGAGGAGUUUGACAGCACUUACCAAACGAACGUGGUGGUCCGGAGUAACGGCAGUUGCAGUUAUCUACCUCCUGGUAUUUUCAAAAGCACCUGCAAGAUCGACAUUACGUGGUUUCCUUUUGACGACCAAAAAUGUGAGCUCAAGUUUGGCAGCUGGACUUACGAUGGAUUUCAGUUAGAUUUGACGCUGCAGUCGGAAGAAGGCGGCGACAUUAGCAAUUUCAAUACCAACGGCGAAUGGGAUCUCCUGGGAGUGCCUGGUAAACGGACAUGGCAAUACUACCCGUGCUGCCCCGAACCCUACGUGGAUAUCACCUUCACCAUCGAGAUCCGGAGACGGACACUCUACUAUUUUUUCAACUUGAUCGUUCCCUGCGUGCUCAUUGCCUCCAUGGCCGUCCUCGGUUUCACACUUCCUCCCGAAUCUGGCGAGAAACUUUCUCUAGGUGUGACCAUCCUGCUAUCACUAACUGUCUUUUCGCUCAUGAUAUACGACACCUUGCCCGAAAGUUCGGAUGCCGUCCCAGUCUUAGGAACCUAUUUCAAUUGUAUCAUGUUCAUGGUGGCCUCGUCGGUGGUUUCAACUGUGCUAAUUCUCAAUUACCAUCAUCGCAAUGCUGAUACUCACGAAAUGGCCCCAUGGGUCCGAACGGUGUUCUUGCACUGGCUGCCAUGGGUCUUGCGGAUGAGCAGGCCGACUGACAAGGACGAUCAAAAGCCAGCAGCAGGUCCAGCGGCCAACAGCAAACAGAUUAAAGACAUUGAAAUGAAAGAACGCUCGUCGCGAAGCCUCCUGGCUAACGUGCUCGAUAUUGACGACGACUUCCGGCAGCACAGUUGCACGCUCAGCUCAGUCGGUAGUGGCAUGGCCCUUAGUAUGGGAGUGCCCACCGGGUUCCCAAGAGUUGUCUCCACUCCUAGUGGAGGUCUGGGGCCUAACCAGGGUCAAGACGAGACCAUAUCGCUGCACAACUGCUUCGGCUCUCAUCGUGAACUAUCGGGUAUCCUCAAGGAGCUGCGUGUCAUCACCGACAAGAUACGAACCGACGAAGAAGAAUCACGUGUGUGCAAUGACUGGAAAUUUGCUGCCAUGGUCGUCGAUCGUAUUUGCCUGAUCCUCUUCACGCUCUUUACCAUCAUUGCUACUAUAGCGGUCCUUUUUUCGGCUCCGCACAUCAUAGUCCCUUAGAAGUGGAAGAAGAAGAAAUGCUAGUAGGAGAAAGAAAAGAAAAACAAAAAUUCUCUUAUCUCUUCUAAAUAGCCUACGGCUCAGUCUUAGCCAUUUUCUUUAACAAGAAAAAGGCAGAAAUCUCGCCUAACCCUAAUCAAGAGGUGCUCCAUUUUCCCAGUAUUUUUUUUUUAAUUUUUACUAGGAAACUUGGAUCACUCUUGGACAAGUGUUCAUCCAUCUUCGUCUUCGAGGGCUAGUCGGACAGGCAGCAGCGGUCAUCCAUGGCAGUAGUAUAAGUUCCCGGAAGUUCUUUUUGUUUUUUAUUUGUAUUUCUUUGUUUUGUUUUUUUUGUGUUACUGAUGGAGAAGAACGUAAUCGUACGAUUAUAGUGCGAUCGUUCUUUCGAAUAACAUAGAAAUAGAUUAACCAUGUGUGUAGGUUUUUCCAAUUUUGCCUCAGGCUUUUCCUUCCGGUUCUGUUCUGGAUUCUCCUUGUAAAAUCCAGUUCUUCGUCUGCUGUGUAUCUCUUCAUCUGUUUAUUGCUCUAUUCACACUCCUUAAGGGUCUACCAUUGCCAACCUGCUCCCGCUCUAUCUCUUCCUCUACUAGUAGCAGCACGUUAGUCGUGUUCUGAGCCCCAGAAGAAGUUCGUAGUCUAUCAACGAAGCACUUUCGCUUUCUCCCUCGACUGUGUCACAUGUUUUUAAAAAAUGGGUAGAAAGUAUUGAUACUACUUUUCUUGGAACGUAGGAAUGAUAACAUUGGCAAAUCCAAAUCACUGCUCUCUAUCAUUUUACUCAUUCCUCCCGCCAAUGACAACGGCUCAACGAUUUCCUUUGGAACUUUAAACACACAUAUAUAUAUACAGUAUGUUGCAAAUGUCGACUUCUCUCUCAAUCAGUGCUUCCUCGUCUCCUUCUAUUAUUGUCACCUUAUUUGAUUUUAAUUGUGCGUUUGUCUCUUUUCUUCUUCUUUUUUUUUUGUUUUAUUACGGUUCCUGUUUGUUAUUUCUAUCCGUGACACUUGAUUAUCAAUGAUGAAACUCUUUUGAGGCACUUUGUAUAGCUGUACACACGUCCAGAUGCCUACUUUCUCAUUCGUGUGUGUGCGUGUGUGUACGUUAUUGGCUGCUGACGUGCAGAAAUGUUAUCGUCUCUUUCACAUCCGCAAGAAACGUAGCCAUUUUCAAACCAGUUGUACCUCCAAAAGAUUGUACAGCGUAUGUUGACAUUUUUCUUUUUCGACUGAUUUCUCCUUUUCAUGUCGUUUUGCCAUGGAUGGAAGGAAUCAGACUUCGCGGUUAUUAUUAUUAACUAACUCGUUACAUACGUUUCGUUUUUAGACGAAUGGAUUGUGCGUGUACAAUCACGAGUAUUUUAGCCUGUAGAUCAGGCAGGUUUUAAAUUAAUACGUACGCCACCCAUAAAGCGUACUCACCAUGCCAAAAAAAAGUUGAUCAAUCGUUUUUACAUAGUAAUAAUUAUUUUGGCAGAAGGGUAGUGUAUUUGUAAUGCAAGUAGGAUUGUUUGUUAUAGCCACAGGCUAUAAGGCAGUAUCUUUAACAAGAAAAUAUAGAAGUAGAGGUUUUUCUUCAUCUGACUCGUUUGGUUGUCCGCGCAUCUAUUUCUAUUUUUCAUUUUGGCUCUUCUUCUCGUUUCUGUUCUUUCUUUAUUCUCAUCUUCGUCCUCUACGCCUUGUUUCGUCUGUUAUUUCAAUCAAAUAUAAUAUUGAAUAUA